AUGGAUCCUGAGUCGGGCACUAAACUUUCAUCUACUCUGGACAGAGAGACAAUGCCGCUGUUCCCCGAGUUAAGCAACACCUUAAACAAUGGCAACAGUAACAUAAGGCAGAAAAAUGGAGGUGGAAGCGGCAGUGGAAAUGGCGGUAGUAGACGCGGUAAUAAACGCAUCAUUACCAGGAAUAACAACACCAACACCAACACCAAUACUAGCACCAGCAGCAAUAAUAACAACAACAACAACAUUGGUACUCAUAUUAUUGACCAUCCUAUUAUAUUCAGCGGUGACGAUGACGAAGCAGAGCAGGAAGAGGAGGAGGAAAGGUCUUUGGAUGCAGGAGUGAACGACAGUGGCCAACCGCGUAUCGUCACCGGUUUAUUGUUCAAACCUGAUGUGCAGCAGUUUUUGGUACGGCUGUCAGACUUCGAAAACGCCCGCCGAUACCUUACGCCAAGAACGACAGGUACCACGCUUGUUGAUGUACAGAGAGAGGUUGCAAGUAUUGUCAACGCAGUUAUGGCAGAGCUCCUGCCUUCAACUCCACCCAUCAAACCGAGAUACCUAUGGAAUGAUACGACCGUCAGACUGAAAUUCCGGUAUAUCAAGGCCCAAUACGACAAGUGCGUCAAACUCACGAAAGUGACUGGCAAUGGUGGCGCUAAGUCCAGUACAUUGACGGCGGACAUUAACGACAUAAGCCCCUUCUACCACGAGUUGGUCGCGAUUUUUGGAGCACAGCUCACCAGGAACCAUCCUCCUCUUAGAGACUCUCCAACCCCAAGCCGAGCACCUUUUUUCUCGAGAAGCCAAACGUGGAGGAGCCAGGCAUCGAGGAGCGAGCCCCUGUUGCGUAAGGAACUCAAGCAGGCCAAGGUUGACUUCCAGACAGAGAAGGCGCACCACCUGGACGAUGUGACUGAGUUCAGAUACAAGAACAACGAUCGUGAGGCAUUGGUUAAAUCGCUGGCCAAGCACAAAGCGUCUCAGCCCCCUCAGACCACCACACACUUUAAUGGCGCCCAACGUGGGGGGGCUGUUUUCAAUGUCGUCGGUCCAAGGGUCGACAAGCCGGUCUAUACGGAGGGAGGAGAUAUGGCCGACUUAUUCUACCAGUUCGAGGAGUACUGUUCCCAACGUCAGCGAGGGGAGAGUGAGAGAAAGACCCUACUCCGGAACAUCUUCUCGUCAACUCGCCACAAGUCAACCGUCGAUGUUCUUUUUGGCACCCAGAUGAGUUCGAAGGAUAUGAUUGAGAGUCUGCUCGAGUGUAUGAGGGAUGAGGAUGACUCAGUGGACCCGUACCAGGCCGCCGAAAACCAUCUCGCCGCUCUCCAAAGUCGAAAGUUUAAUCCGGGGAGCGUCAAGCUUGAGAUCAAAUCCAUUGGUUGGGCGUUGGAGCAAUUGGAAACAAAGUUAGGGGGGAUUGCUCACAAGAGGAAGAUUUUGAACUGCUGCCCCGACGCCGUGAAGUGA